CGCCUCCAUGCCGCCCUCUCUCCUUCCUCCGCCCCUGCCCCUCCCCCCUCUGUCCGCCCUGAUGGAGCCGCCCACCCGUCUGCCGGGCUUUGGUGACAGCGGAUGACCCCGAGGUUUCAAGAGGACCCGGGAGGCUGCAGGCCGUGCUCGUCUUACUUAUCAGUCCGUGGAGACAAUCCCAAGAAGUCCACUUCUUGGAAAACAAGCCCACAAGUGAACUAGCUGCUCCUGACUGCACCUGGCCCAGCCACCAGGUUUUCUGAAUGACCCUGCUGCUUUUUCUAUGUUGUCUGAUUCUCUCCUGCCUGACCUUUUCCUGGUUAAAAAUCUGGGGGAAAAUGACGGACUCCAAGCCAGUCACCAAGAAUAAAUCGGAGGCAAGCUUCAUCCCAAGCCAGGAGCCCUUCCCAGCGUCCAACAGCUCAGAGGAGCCACCGCAGAAAAAUGGAGACAGCAGCUCUUUGCCAAAGACUCCUAACCAGGCGGAGCCGGCCUCCCAAAAAGGUCCCAAAGAUGCCGAUCGGCAAAGAACCUCCAGGCCACCCCGACACAGGAAUCCCUCAAAAAGCCCCCUUCCCUCCCGGGAUGCCUCCCCAGCCAAUAGGACAAGGACCCAAGGCCUGGAGGCCCCAGACACCAAUGGCCUGUCCUCGCCGGCCAGGCCCCAGGCCCGAGCCAGAACCCUCUCCAAAGAAGACCAGAAGCAGGCGCACAUCAAGAGGCAGCUGAUGACCAACUUCAUCCUGGGCUCCUUUGACGACAACUCCUCUGAUGAGGAGCCGGGCACUGGCUCUGGCCGAGAAGCUUCCCGCAAGGGCAGCAGGGCCAGCCUGGGGGCCCUGACCCUGGAGGCUCUUCGAGCUGCAGGCGACUCUGAGACCCUUGUCCCCGCUAUGAGGCCCAGCAUGUCUGGACUCCACCUGGUGAAGAGGGGCCGAGAACACAAGCGGGUGGACGUGCACAGAGACUUCACCGUGGCUUCGCCAGCCGAGUUUGUCAUGCGCUUUGGGGGGGACCGGGUCAUUGAGAAGGUGCUCAUCGCCAACAAUGGCAUCGCCGCCGUGAAGUGCAUGCGCUCCAUCCGCAGGUGGGCCUACGAGAUGUUCCGAAAUGAGCGGGCCAUCCGGUUUGUAGUCAUGGUGACUCCAGAGGACCUCAAGGCCAACGCAGAGUACAUCAAGAUGGCAGACCAGUACGUCCCCGUCCCGGGAGGGCCCAACAACAACAACUACGCCAACGUGGAGCUGAUCGUGGACAUCGCCAAGAGGAUCCCCGUGCAGGCAGUGUGGGCUGGCUGGGGCCAUGCUUCCGAAAACCCCAAACUUCCGGAGCUCCUGUGCAAGGACCACAUUGCUUUCUUAGGCCCUCCCAGUGAGGCCAUGUGGGCCCUGGGAGAUAAGAUCGCCUCCACCAUCGUGGCCCAGACGCUGCAGAUUCCAACGCUGCCCUGGAGCGGAAGCGGCCUGACGGUGGCGUGGGCAGAGGAUGACCUGCAGGAGGGGAAGACCAUCAACGUCCCGGAAGACGUGUACAACCGCGGCUGUGUGAAGGACAUAGACGAGGGCUUGGAGGCAGCGGAAAGAAUUGGUUUCCCGUUGAUGAUCAAAGCUUCCGAGGGCGGCGGCGGGAAAGGCAUCCGGAAGGCGGAGAGUGCCGAGGACUUCCCCAUCCUGUUCCGACAGGUGCAGAGCGAGAUCCCGGGCUCCCCUGUCUUCCUCAUGAAGCUGGCCCAGCACGCCCGGCACCUGGAGGUGCAGAUCCUCGCCGACCAGUAUGGCAACGCCGUGUCCCUGUUCGGGCGAGACUGCUCCAUCCAGCGGCGCCAUCAAAAGAUCAUCGAGGAGGCGCCUGCCACCAUCGCUACCCCAGUCGUGUUCGAGUUCAUGGAGCAGUGUGCCGUCCGCCUGGCCAAGACUGUGGGCUACGUGAGCGCGGGGACGGUCGAAUACCUGUACAGCCAGGACGGCAGCUUCCACUUCCUGGAGCUGAACCCCCGGCUGCAGGUGGAACAUCCGUGCACAGAAAUGAUCGCUGACGUCAACCUGCCGGCCGCCCAGCUGCAGAUCGCCAUGGGCGUGCCGCUGCACCGGCUGAAAGACAUCCGCCUUCUGUACGGAGAGUCCCCGUGGGGGGUGACACCCAUUGCCUUCGAAACCCCUCCCAACCCGCCCCUCGCCCGCGGCCACGUCAUUGCAGCCAGAAUCACCAGCGAAAACCCUGAUGAGGGGUUCAAGCCGAGCUCCGGGACAGUCCAGGAGCUGAAUUUCCGCAGCAGCAGGAACGUGUGGGGCUAUUUCAGCGUGGCGGCCACCGGGGGCUUGCACGAGUUUGCCGACUCCCAGUUCGGGCACUGCUUCUCCUGGGGAGAGAACCGGGAAGAGGCCAUCUCGAACAUGGUGGUGGCUUUGAAGGAACUGUCCAUCCGGGGCGACUUCAGGACCACCGUGGAGUACCUCAUCAACCUCCUGGAGACCGAGAGCUUCCAGAACAACGACAUCGACACCGGGUGGCUGGACCACCUCAUCGCCGAGAAAGUGCAGGCCGAGAAGCCGGAUAUCAUGCUCGGGGUGGUGUGUGGCGCCUUGAACGUGGCCGAUGCGAUGUUCAGAACCUGCAUGACGGAUUUCCUGCACUCGCUGGAGAGGGGCCAGGUCCUCCCUGCGGAUUUUCUGCUGAACACUGUGGACGUGGAAUUAAUUUACGGGGGCAUUAAGUACAUUCUCAAGGUGGCCCGGCAGUCGCUGACCAUGUUCGUCCUCAUCAUGAACGGUGGUCACAUCGAGAUCGACGCCCACCGGCUGAACGACGGCGGGCUCCUGCUGUCCUACGACGGGAACAGCUACACGACCUACAUGAAGGAGGAGGUGGACAGUUACCGGAUCACCAUCGGCAACAAGACGUGCGUGUUCGAGAAGGAGAACGACCCCACGGUCCUGAGGUCGCCCUCGGCUGGGAAGCUGACGCAGUACACGGUGGAGGAUGGGGGUCAUGUGGAGGCUGGGGACAGCUACGCCGAGAUGGAGGUGAUGAAGAUGAUCAUGACCCUGACCGUGCAGGAAAGUGGCCGGGUGAAGUACAUCAAGCGUCCGGGGGCCGUGCUGGAAGCGGGCUGCGUGGUGGCCAGGCUGGAGCUCGAUGACCCUUCCAAAGUGCACCCGGCCAAGCCGUUCACAGGGGAGCUCCCCACCCUGCAGACCCUGCCCAUCAUGGGGGAGAAGCUGAACCAGGUCUUCCACACCGUCCUGGAGAACCUCACCAACGUCAUGAGCGGCUACUGUCUGCCGGAGCCCAUCUUUAGCAUAAAGCUAAAGGAGUGGGUGCAGAAGCUCAUGAUGACCCUGCGACACCCGUCGCUGCCGCUGCUGGAGCUGCAGGACAUCAUGACCAACGUGUCAGGCCGCAUCCCCGCCCCCGUGGAGAAGUCUGUCCGCAGGGUGAUGGCCCAGUACGCCAGCAACAUCACCUCCGUGCUCUGCCAGUUCCCCAGCCAGCAGAUAGCCAACAUCCUGGACUGCCACGCGGCCACCCUGCAGCGGAAGGCCGACCGGGAAGUCUUCUUCAUGAACACGCAGAGCAUCGUGCAGUUGGUGCAGAGGUACCGCAGCGGGACCCGCGGCUACAUGAAGGCGGUGGUGUUGGAUCUCCUGAGGAGAUACUUACAAGUCGAGCACCACUUCCAACAAGCCCACUACGACAAGUGCGUGAUAAACCUGCGGGAGCAGCUGAAGCCGGACAUGGCGCAGGUGCUGCACUGCAUCUUCUCCCACGCGCAGGUGGCCAAGAAGAACCAGCUGGUGAUCAUGCUGAUUGAUGAACUCUGUGGCCCAGACCCUUCCCUGUCGGAGGAGCUGACCGCCAUCCUCAGUGAGCUCACACAGCUGAGCAAGACCGAGCACUGCAAAGUGGCCCUCAGAGCCAGACAGGUCCUGAUCGCCUCCCACCUCCCCUCCUACGAGCUGAGGCACAACCAGGUGGAGUCCAUUUUCUUGUCGGCCAUCGACAGGUACGGCCACCAGUUCUGCCCGGAAAACCUCAAGAAAUUAAUACUCUCGGAGACGACCAUAUUUGACGUCCUGCCCACUUUCUUCUAUCACGUCAACAAGGUGGUUUGCAUGGCGUCCUUGGAGGUAAGUGGGAGAGGAGAGUGUUCAUUCCGUUUGGCUGAGUUCACUACUUUGGAUUUCCCUGGGGACCCUAUUGGGACUACACUCCUGUGCGUGCUUCAUUCAUUCAUUCAUUCAUUCAUUCAUUCACUUGUUGAGCUCUUAGUCCUCAGCCCUGGCGCUGACCUCAGUCCCCUCCCCCUCCGAUUGGAUGCCCCCUUUGGGGAGAGCUCCGAUGCUGGCUCACCGAAGUUUCCAGGGCAGGAGCAGCUCGUGGGGCCAGAUCCGCAGCAGUGGCCUCACCCCCACCGGCCGUCCCCCUGCAGGAUAGCCGUGCCCGUGAGCAUCACUAAUCCCGACCUGCUGAGACACAGCACCGAGCUCUACAUGGACAGUGGCUUCUCCCCCCUGUGCCAGCGGAUGGGCGCCAUGGUCGCCUUCAGGAGAUUCGAGGAGUUCACCAGGAACUUCGAUGAUGUCAUCUCCUGCUUCGCCAACGUGCCCCGGGACACCCCCCUCUUCAGCAAGGCCCAAACCUCCGUGUACUGUGAGGAGGACUGCAAGAACUUACGCGAAGAGCCCAUCCACAUCCUGAACGUGGCCAUCCAGUGCGCCGAGCACCUGGAGGAUGAGGAGCUGGUGCCGAUCUUGCGGACCUUCGUGCAGUCCAAGAAAAACAUCCUUGUGGAUUACGGGCUCCGAAGAAUCACGUUCCUGAUCGCCCAGGAGAAAGAAUUUCCCAAGUUUUUCACCUUCAGAGCAAGAGAUGAGUUUGCAGAAGAUCGCAUUUACCGUCACCUGGAGCCCGCCCUGGCCUUCCAGCUGGAGCUCAGCCGGAUGCGCAAUUUCGACGUGACGGCCGUGCCCUGCGCCAACCACAAGAUGCACCUAUACCUGGGCGCUGCCAAGGUCAAGGAGGGCGGGGAGGUGACCGACUACAGGUUCUUCAUCCGCGCCAUCAUCAGGCACUCGGACCUGAUUACCAAGGAGGCCUCCUUCGAGUACCUGCAGAAUGAGGGCGAGCGGCUGCUCCUGGAGGCCAUGGACGAGCUGGAGGUGGCCUUCAACAACACCAGUGUGCGCACCGACUGCAACCACAUCUUCCUCAACUUCGUGCCCACCGUCAUCAUGGACCCCUACAAGAUCGAGGAGGCCGUGCGCUCCAUGGUCAUGCGCUACGGCAGCCGGCUGUGGAAGCUGCGCGUGCUCCAGGCCGAGGUCAAGAUCAACAUCCGUGAGACGGCCGCCGGCAGUGCCAUCCCCAUCCGCCUGUUCAUCACCAACGAGUCAGGCUACUACCUGGACAUCAGCCUCUACAAGGAAGUCACCGACCCCAGAUCCGGAAACAUCAUGUUUCACUCCUUUGGCAACAAACAAGGAGCCCAGCACGGGAUGCUGAUCAACACUCCCUAUGUCACCAAGGACCUGCUUCAGGCCAAGCGGUUCCAGGCCCAGUCCCUGGGGACCACCUACGUGUACGACUUCCCAGAAAUGUUCAGGCAGGCUCUCUUUAAACUGUGGGCCUCCCCAGACAAGUACCCCAAAGACCUGCUGACAUACACGGAGCUGGUGCUGGACCCGCAGGGCCAGCUGGUGGAGAUGAACCGACUUCCCGGAGGAAACGAGGUGGGCAUGGUGGCCUUCAGGAUGAAUCUGAAGACGCGGGAGUACCCGGACGGGCGGGACGUGAUCCUCAUCAGCAACGACAUCACCUUCCGCAUCGGGUCCUUCGGCGUCGGGGAGGACCUCCUGUACCUGCGCGCGUCCGAGCUGGCCCGGGCCGAGGGCAUCCCCCAGAUCUACCUCGCCGCCAACAGCGGGGCCCGCAUCGGCCUGGCCGAGGAGAUCAAGCAUGUGUUCAAGGUGGCGUGGGUGGACCCCGAAGACCCCCACAAGGGAUUUAAGUACCUGUACCUGACCCCCCAAGAGUACACCAGGAUCAGCUCCCUGAACUCCGUCCACUGCAAACAUAUCGAGGAGGAAGGAGAAUCCAGGUAUGUCAUCACGGACAUCAUUGGGAAGGACGACGGCCUGGGCGUGGAGAACCUGAGGGGGUCAGGCAUGAUCGCAGGGGAGUGCUCCCUGGCUUACGACGAGAUCGUCACCAUCAGCUUGGUGACCUGCCGCGCCCUGGGCAUCGGGGCCUACCUGGUGAGGCUGGGCCAGCGGGUGAUCCAGGUGGAAAACUCCCACAUCAUCCUGACCGGAGCCAGCGCCCUCAACAAGGUCCUGGGCAGAGAGGUCUACACGUCCAACAACCAGCUGGGCGGCGUGCAGAUCAUGCAUAACAAUGGCGUCUCCCACAUCACCGUGCCUGACGACUUCGAGGGCGUUUAUACCAUCCUGGAGUGGCUGUCCUACAUGCCAAAGGAUAAUCACAGCCCAGUCCCCAUCAUCACACCCACUGACCCCAUUGACAGAGAGAUUGAAUUUUUCCCAUCGAGAGCCCCCUACGACCCCCGGUGGAUGCUUGCAGGAAGGUCUCACCCAAGUAAGUCCGCAGGCAUUUGCCCGACCUGGGUCUGGGGUCUCCUUCCUGGGCCAGAGACGCAGGAGCCCUGGGUGAGGAGCAUCGAUGUUGAGGGGGUGCGCCUGAGGCUGGGUGGCAUCCCUGUCGGCGUGAUCGCCGUGGAGACGCGGACGGUGGAGGUGGUGGUGCCUGCAGACCCUGCCAACCUGGAUUCCGAGGCCAAGAUCACCCAGCAGGCGGGCCAGGUGUGGUUCCCGGACUCUGCCUACAAGACGGCCCAGGUCAUCAAGGAUUUCAACCAGGAGAAGUUGCCCCUGAUGAUCUUUGCCAACUGGAGGGGUUUCUCCGGUGGCAUGAAAGAUAUGUAUGACCAGGUGCUGAAGUUCGGGGCCUACAUCGUGGACGGCCUCCGGCAGUAUAAGCAGCCCAUCCUCAUCUACAUCCCGCCCUACGCGGAGCUCCGGGGCGGCUCCUGGGUGGUCCUGGACUCCACCAUCAACCCCCUGUGCAUAGAGAUGUACGCAGACAAAGAGAGCAGGGGGGGUGUUCUGGAGCCGGAGGGAACAGUGGAGAUUAAGUUCCGAAAGAAAGACCAGAUAAAGGCCAUGAAGAGGAUCGACCCCACUUACAAGAAGCUCGUGGAGCAGUUAGGAGUGGCUGAUCUGUCCGACAAGGAGCGCAAGGACCUGGAGGGCCGGCUGAAGGCCCGGGAGGAGCUGCUGCUGCCCAUCUACCACCAGGUGGCGGUGCAGUUUGCCGACCUCCACGACACGCCCGGCAGGAUGCUGGAGAAGGGCGUCAUCUCCGACAUCCUGGAGUGGAGGACCUCGCGCACCUUCCUGUACUGGCGUCUGCGCCGCCUGCUGCUGGAGGACCAGGUGAAGCAGGAGAUCCUGCAGGUCAGCAGCGAGCUCAGCCACGUGCACAUCCAGUCCAUGCUGCGCCGCUGGUUCGUGGAGACGGAGGGCGCCGUCAAGGCCUACCUGUGGGACAACAACCAGAUGGUGGUGCAGUGGCUGGAGCAGCACUGGCAGGUGGGCGACGGCCUGCGCUCCACCAUCGGCGAGAACAUCAAGUACCUGAAGCGGGAUUCUGUCCUCAAGACCAUCCGAGGCCUGGUCCAAGAGAACCCCGAGGUGGCUGUGGACUGCAUGAUGUACAUGAGCGAGCACAUCAGCCCGGCCCAGCGGGCCCAGGUCGCUCACCUCCUGUCCACCAUGGACAGCCCGGCCUCCACCUGAGCACUGCCCACCGGCCACUCGCAGCACCACGGGCAAGAGGAACCGCACCGGCCCACCGACCGCAGACCCUUGCCAGGACCAUGGGGGUUUGCUUUUUAAAACAAAAAGUCCUCGGGCAGCUCUGCAGGGCUGCUGGCUCCCAACUCACUCCUGUCCCAAUAAACCGCUCAGGAGCGCCCUCUCCAGGCAGAAAGCGCCUCCUCUCCGUUGUUGGGAAUAUUUGUCUCUGAAGACAUUUUUGCUGCAUCACUGAAUCGAAUUGAACCCAAGCGCCCGAGUUCCCUUCCCUUCCGGUGCCUGGCGUGCGGGACACAGGUGUCCUCUGAGGCUCGUUUUAUAUCAGAUCGUGGGAUCUUAUUUUUUUACUCGGAGACCGGCUCUUGCUGUAAACAUCUAUAUUUCAGCAGAACACAGAGGCCGAGGAAAGAAAGAAAGCGACAAGACGAAGAAGAGAAACCUAUUUUUGUAACACUGCUAUUUGGAGACUGUCGAGUUGCCCGGGCAAGGGUACCCGUGAUAUUUAUUAAGAGAAUAAAAUGGAAUCUUGUUCCCCGA